CCCAAGGUGAAGAUGGACCAAAGUCAGUGUUAGAACCACAACAGUGACCACAACAAAGAUGGCGCCCACAGCCCGCCCCCGCAGCGCCCACACCAGGCGGGAGCUGCAGCGGGAGAUACAGAAGCGUCAGGGCGCCGCCAGGGACAAGUGUCAGGGCGGCGUGGACAGCAGUGGUGUUGAUGGAGGUGGCAGUGGUGGAGGUGGUGUGGAGGGGGGGGAGGGUGAGGCGUGGAGCCCCACCUCCUACACGGCCCUGAAGGCGUUGCUGUCAGCCAGACUGUGCGCUGCCAUCUGGUCCAUCCUGUCAGACUGUGAUGAGACUUUUAACUACUGGGAGCCCACACACUACUUCAUCUACGGCCGCGGUCUACAGACGUGGGAGUACGCGCCACACUACGCCCUCCGCAGCUUCACCUACAUCCUGCUGCACGCUGUUCCUGGCAAGAUAUAUGCUGUUUUGCUGCAGAGUAACCGAAUGCUGGUAUUCUUCUUCAUCCGCUGUCUUUUGGCACUUGGCUGUUCAGCGUGUGAGCUCUAUUUCUACAGGGGUGUGUGUAAGGCAUUUGGUCCACUAGUUGGGUCUCUGACAAUUGGCAUAAUGGUCUUCUCAGCUGGAAUGUUUACCGCAGCCACAGCCCUCCUGCCGUCGUCCUUCGCCAUGUACAUGACCCUCCUGUCAAUGGGAGCAUGGUACCAGCAGAGCCCCCAGCUGGCCAUCUUCACCACAGCCAUCUCCACCUUCCUGGGAUGGCCCUUUGCUGCGGCCCUGGGGGUCCCCAUAGCACUGGAUUUGUUGGUCCGAAGGAAGCAGAUUGGAACCUUCUUCAAGUGGUCCAUUAUAUCAGCUGUCACUAUUCUGGUCCCCAUGGUGCAGAUAGACUCCCACCUCUAUGGCAGACUGGUGGUGGCUCCCCUCAACAUAGUGCUAUACAAUGUCUUCUCAGUAGGACCAAAUUUGUACGGCACAGAACCAGCAUCCUUCUACCUCGUCAAUGGCCUACUGAAUUUUAAUAUAGUCUUCGUGGCCGCCCUCCUGCUGCCGCUGCUGCUGUGUGCUUCCUACUUCAUGGAAAAGCAAAGCAAACCAGGCCACCUUCCACACUGGCUAGCUGUCUCCCCUCUCUAUCUGUGGUUUGGCAUCUUUCUACCUCAACCACACAAAGAGGAGAGGUUCCUUUUCCCCGCUUACCCCCUUGUGGCACUCUCCGGGGCCUUGGCUGUCGACUACGGGCAGAGGCUCUGGCGGGUGUGUACGCAAGCCGUGUGCGCGAAACGAAGGCAAACGCACACACAAACGCACUGGAUGGCGAUGACCUUCCUGAUAUUAACUUCAAUUUUGUCGCUCUCAAGAAUUGUGGGGCAGUAUAGAGCCUACCACGCCCCCCUGGAAACCUACAUGGAGCUGAACAGAGUGGCGAGUGAGAGUGGCAGCCCCUCUCACUCUCACUCUCACUCUCACUCUCCCAUCAAUGUGUGUGUGGGGAAAGAGUGGUACCGGUUUCCCUCCUCAUUCUUCCUCCCCGGACUCAACUGGCACUUGAGGUUUCUGCGGAGUGAGUUCCGGGGCCAGUUGCCACAGUACUUCCCCGAGGCACCCAAUGGCACCGCCCUCACUCCUGCCAAUGUCAACAAUGUCAACAGAGAGGAGAUAGACAGAUAUGUGCCGGAGAGCGCGUGUCACUACCUUGUGGACUUGGACGAUAGUGAGGCAGUGACGGACAGACAGCCUUCCUACACACAACACACACAAGAUUGGAUCCUCCUUCAUGCCACGCCCUUCCUACACGCACCGAGGUCGAACAGAUUCCUCCGUGCCUUCUACAUCCCGUUCAUAACUGAGAAAUAUUCCUCUUAUCUUAACUACACUCUUCUCAGGAGGAGGGCGUGGAGAGGAGGAGGAGGAGGAGGAGGAGGAGGAGGAGGAGGAGGAAGAAGAAGAGGAGGAGGAGGAGGAGGAGGAGGUGAUUUGUAGAAGUUUGUGUGUUUGAAUGAGAUUUUGUGGAA